CCUCGUCAAGAGCAACAGACGUCUUCUCUCAAGCCUACAAUCCUUCACCAAGAAUAUAAUUGUUUCAGAUGCCUUUCAUCAAUUUGGAAUCCUCCGACGGGGAACGCGUCAAGGUAGACGCUGACGUCAUAAAAUGCUCGCAGACGAUCAAAACUCUCAUCGAAAACUUGGGGAUGGAAGAUAGCGACGAUGACCGCGAAGUCGUCCCGCUGCAAAAUGUCAGCACAGAAGUACUGCAUAAGGUCAUUGCAUGGGCCGAGCAUCACAAGGAUGAUCUCCCGCCCAUCGAGGAUGACGAGGAUCCACCUCGUGAACGUCGCACCGACGACAUUACCACGUGGGAUGCUAACUUCAUCAAGAUGGAACAAACCCAGUUGUUUGACCUGAUUGUGGCUGCCAACUAUCUCGACAUUAGUGGCUUGCUGGACCUCGGGUGCAAAAUUGUGGCGAACAUGAUCAAAGGCAAGACGGCCGAAGAGAUUCGCACAAUGUUCGACAUCGAGAAUGAUCUGACGCCCGAGGACAUGGAACAAAUUCGCAAGGAGAACGAAUGGUGUGAGGAAAAGUAGGAGAUAAAUUUCUAAUGGGCUUGUCAUAAGUUUCAAAGAAGAAGAAAUUUCAUGUAAGUUUGCAAAAUACGUGAAUCGUAUCAGUUGUUUUCAGUAAUAAAUAAGUUUUUAAAAGGUU